UAUCGGCUUAUAUAUAAAAUAAUACUUUUUAAAAAGAGGCCGUUUUUACCCCCUAUUAAGGAAUAUAAUAAUAACUAUUUUAUAUUAAUUAAACUAAAUAUCCUAUACUAUUAUAAAAUUUUUCUAAAAAUAAUAGAAUUAUCGAUUUUUAAUAAAUAA